CCCUACCUCCUCACCAGCAAACCUGGCAAAUAAUAGCCGGCAAGAGAACACCCAAACAACCAGGAAAAUCCACACGCCAUCAUGGCCACCACGCGACUCCGCCUCCUACUCCUCCUAUUCACGCUGCUCGCCGGCACCGCCGUCUUCUCCGUCUCCGCCGCCCGCGACGCCCCUGCCGAGCCGGCCGUCGCGGGUCCGGUCGGCGCGGAGCCGAGCGCCUACGAGAUGUUGGAGAAAUUUGGCUUCCCAAAGGGAAUACUCCCGGUGGGCGUCACCGGCUACACGCUCCGGCGGUCGGACGGCGCGUUCCAGGUGUUCAUGGACAAGGAUUGCGAGUUCGAGGUGGACGGCGGGUACAAGCUUACCUACAAGCGGACGAUCUCCGGCAGGGUGGCCGGCGGCAGCUUGUGGGACCUCCGGGGCGUCUCGGUGAAGAUCUUCUUCGUCAACUGGGGCAUCGACCAGGUGGUCAUGGCCGACGCCGACCACCUCAUGUUCUACGUCGGCCCGCUCUCCCAGGCCUUCACGUCGGACAACUUCGAGGAGUCCCCGCAGUGCAGGUGCCGUGGCAACGGCGUCGCGGACGUUGGCGAGGGCGCCGGCGUGGGCGUGGCGACGAUGUAGGAUCGGGCAGUUGGUUACGUGAUUUCAUAUACGUACGUGUACGCAACAAACUGUUGGUUAAUUUGGUUUCCGGGAUUGGCGCGCGUGCAAUUCUUGCACGCGAUGCUGUGAAUUAGUUGAUGUAAGUCGACGGAUGCACAUCAUGAUUGGUGUGCGUGCAAUGCGCUGCACACGGAGGAAAAGGACCCCAUCAAAUAGGGUGUCGAUUCUAUUUGCCUUAUCUUUGUGAUUCUUCUUCUUCUUCUUCUUCUUCUUCUUCUUCUUCUUCUUCUUCUUCUUCAUAAUGCGUGCAAUUGUCAUAUUUUGCUGAGUACUCCCUUCGUCUCAUAAUAUAAGAGUGUUUUUAAUAUUA